AUGAGGCCACACGUGCUCUUCCUCGCCGCCCUCCUCGCCCACGCCGCCCUCAUCGACUCCGCCCCGAAGGGGGUGGGGGAGUUUGUGGGAGGAGCCUGUCGCUGGAUCGUGGAGAACAUCACGAGUCCAAACCCGGGACAGUACCUCCCCCAGUGCGACGAAAACGGGAACUUCGAGCGGCGGCAGUGCUGGGCGUCUCUGGAGGUCUGCUGGUGCGUCAAACCCUACACCGGAGAAGAGGUCGAGGGCACCAAGACCCACCCCGGAGAAGACCCGCCCAACUGUGAGGACCAUGAGGACGAGGACCACGAGGACGAGGACCAUGAGCACGAGGACCAUGAGCACGAGGACCAUGAGCACGAGGACCAUGAGCACGAGGACCAUGAGCACGAGGACCACGAGGACCAUGAGGACGAGGACCAUGAGGACCAUGAGGACCAUGAGGACCAUGAGGACCAUGAGGACGGGCAUCUGGAGAAGAAGCCGUGCUGCCCUGAACACUGGACUCAGUUUGAGGAUCACUGCUACAUCUACAUCGACUCCCCCAAGUGCUGGGCCGAGGCCGAGAGUUACUGUCAGUUUGAGGAAGGGCAUCUGGCCUCGAUCCACAGCCCCAAAACAAACCACUUCCUGCAGAUUCUGACCAAAGGAAACACACACGACUUCCCCGAAAGCUGGGUUGGAGGCACCAACGCCGUCUCGGCUUGUUUCUGGAUGUGGGUCGACGGUUCGAGGUUCGACUUUCAGAACUGGUUCAGUGAAAAGGUCAAAUACAGAGAGGACAGCUGCCUCACCAUCAACUACGGAUACCACAUGCAGUGGGGCGCCUCCUGCUGCAACGAGACGCUUCCGUUCAUUUGUGCCAAAGAAAUGGAGCACCCUGAGCCCGAAGACCAUCACGGCCAUUAUUAA